UUACUUUGGUUUUUUUUAUCAAAUAGUUUUGUUGAAAAGAUUAAUAAAAUUAACCUGAACUUGAAUGGUUGUUUCUGGAAACCAGUGAGCAUAAUACGUCGAUCGACUAAAAUAUGUAGCAGCUCAUAUCGAUUGGAUGGAAUAGUCAUUAAAACUGUAACAUUAUGAGAUCAUGCUCCUGCCUCUUGGUUAAGAAAACUGAGAGCAUUAUCAGGAGCGAGUUAUCUAAAGAGGGUAAAAAAAAUUCUAAGUAAUUGAAGAAACUAUAAAAAUCUAGAACAACUUGUAGUAAUUUUGAAACAACGAGAUGGAUAAUACGCAAAAUGAUGAAAGUGCAAAAGAAAUGUUUAAACUUGCUGAUUUUGGGCAGAACUUGAGAAUAAAUAUAUCGAAUUCUAAACAAAUAUUGGCUAACGAUCAAAGCAAAGGAAAGAUCAACAGCAAACUGCCCAGAAUUGUUCGCCAGUCAGUGCAGUCUAAAUUUUUCAAAAGUAUUGAACAUUUGAAAAGUUUCCACGACCAGACUGCAGACAAAUCAAAACCAAGUCUUAUACCGCGUCGAAAAUGCAAUAAAGAAGAUAGUUGCGAGUUGUUGAAAAAAAAUGAAACUUCCAACAACCAGUUUAUACCUGAAUGUAGAAAUGUUCAGAGAGUUCAAAUGUUGAUAAAUCAAGAAUUCUGCCCAGAGGAUCGCGUACCUCCACCGGCGUCGGUACAAUCGACGAGACCUAUUCCAACUCUGGGACAGAUUUAUGGCCGAAUCAAUAUGAUAGAUAGUGACCGACUGAACGAUUGGUUCAUGGAAUUCAGUCCAAUAAAUACAACAGCGUCAAACCCAAUAACCGAAAGUACACUUAAUGAGGACGAUGGAGCUUCAAGUACUGUGGCAUCACCAGCAAAUUGUCAUCAACAAGAGCUUGGGAAACCUACCAUGGUAAUAGAUAGAAAGAAUAUCGUAAUGAAUGAACGUCAAACUACUAAUGAAAAUGUCACCGUGUGGCUUUCAUCUGAUAUCCAGUUUCCUACUAGGGAUACUGAAUCAGGUUAUAAAACAAUGAGCAGCAAAAAUGCUGAAAAAUCUACUUUACUAUCAGAGUCGGAAUGUAAGACGGCUAAUUCAAACAAAACGUUCACUUUGGGCAUUUUACAAGACAACAGCUGUAGCUUAUGUGCGUCGUCGAAGCCGGAGUCGGAGUGCAGUGAGGGUCCAAGCUUGUUAUUAAAAGAACAACAAACAGUUGUCCUCUGUAUGUCUCCCGAAAUAGGAAAUAGGCAAGAAAUCACGGAAAGUACUGGUGUCAUUCCUAAAACGAACAUUACUAUCAAAAUAUCACAAGUACCCCAACCAGUGGUUUCAGAACCAAACAAAGCCCCACAGCCAACCAAACAACCCACCCCUUGUCCUGCAAACGUGAGCCACGCAGUGACACCAACCCAACGAAUACCAGUACCAUCUUACACUGAAUGCUUGUCAGAAAUAUUGCAGAAGACCACCAACUUUGAAAUGAUGGAUGCUAUAGGAGUCGACAAUGAUAAAACACUAACCAACGCUGUCACCACCGAUACUAGUGAUAAUAUAAUAUCAAAUGAAGAGGCCACAGAGGGAGAAAGAGAUAGGAUGGAUGAGUUUGUUAUUGAAGCCCAGACGAAUCCUGGGUGGGGUCAACUGCCAGAUCAAUCGAAUUCAAAUGAAAUGAUUACUGAUAAUUCUACUGCCGUAACUACUGACUGGUCUACCAAGUACAAGAGCGAUACGACUGAAACUGAUUCUAAAAGUAGAGAAAGCCCGAACCAUGGCAGCUGCACAAAUAAGAAUGUAUUUUUUAGAAAACAGAUUGACAGUAAAGCUAAGCGUAGUCUACAAAACAUAUGCCCGGAGUGCCAUCGCUACAAUAAAUUUCCUAGCAGUCGGUACAAAAUGCUAAGUCCUUUCGUAACAUGGCGACGUCGCAUAUCAAUCCGCCGGAUUUGUCGGCGGCGAUUGUGGAACCGUGUGUGGAAGAAGACUGCUGAACGAUGGGCCGCCUGGUCCAUGAGGUCUUCAAUACGAUUUAAAAAAUUCCGCGUCAUGCAGCAUUUGAAACGUAGAACAGUAUGGGAAGACGCUGAUGUACAGACGUAUACACCGAUUUAUAGUGAAACAGGUACAGACAGUGUUCCAAAAGAACUGAAGUCCGCAGCAAUAAGUACUGUGUUCAAUAUGGGAUCCUGGCUGAAUAUGAACAAUCUUAAUGAGUCCACGUAUAAGUUUUCGAAUCAUAAACCAAAAAGCAAGCAUUCAAGUCUAGGCCCUUCCAUUAUUCCAUUUUUGUAUAAUUCACUUUCAGAACAAAGAUCUCCAUCUGCAAGAACGAUAAAUAUAGAAAGAUCUCAAGUAUAUCAUCCUCCUUGUUACCGAGAUAAUUGCAACAGUGCCACUAAUAAUAUCAACAAAUUCUCUUGGAGUACUAACAAAAUUGAAUUCCGCAAAAGUUGUCAGUAUGAAGAUAAACACCUAAUGCCCAUAAAAGUGGAGCGAUCGACCAGUUUCACGCAAAUGUUCUUAUUGAAUUUAUCCGAUCAACACACAGACACAUCAGAUUUACCUUACUUCAUGUACGAUAAGGUGACGAGCACCUUUAUGAGGUCCAACCCAUAUCGAAUGUCUGUUGAAUUAUCGAAGGAUGCCUUCACGCAGAAGAUUAUCAUGUGUCAUAAUGCAGAAACGGACGUAUCAUUCCUGCCAAUGUUCAAUCACAGUUCGACAGGAACGAUUACUUCUGCUUGUGACAUAACCUAUUACAAACCAUAUACCGGUUCAGAAAUAACACAACUUAAUGAAACGAAAACUCAGCAAUCAGUGUUUCCUACUUUGCGGAAAUUACAAUCAAGAGCUGUUAGUGCCGAACAACAAAAUGACAUUUCAGAAAUAGACACACAAAUGUCACCAAGCUUGUCCGUUAACAAAAUAACAACAGGCAUAUCAGCAGUUAAAGUAAAAGUGGCUGAAAAAACAACGAGUUUUCCAACCAAAGAUAUAACGAUACUACAUGAGGAGACCGAAUCGAUGCAAGAACAGAAACCUGAGUUGUCAUCACAGACUGAGGACAUUAGACCAGAACCUGCAACAGAAACUGAAACUCAAAUGACUCCUGAAGCCUCCAUAGCUGAAGUGUCAACGGCUUGCACGCCCGCACCAUCAACGGUUGAAGUACAUGCUGUAAUGAACGAUUGCGUAAAAGAAAGUUAUGCAGUUCAGACAGCAUCUGCCAAUCCAACAACACUCGCUUUGACAGCCACGAAAAUAAUGUCCAUUUCAUCAAGACAAUUACUGCCUACGUCAAAUACACCAAGUACAGUAACAACAGGGGACAAGCCAGCGGUGGCCUGCAAUGUAUCAUAUAGACAGAACUGUACUUGUACACCCUUGAACGUCGUGACAUGCGGCACGGACGUCAAAUUCACAGAUUUAUAUUGUACCAGAGAAACAUCGGCAGGAGCAGUGGAUUCCUAUUAUGAAACACAAUUAUUACUGAACAAUCUGAUUAAGAAGGCUCUCAUGGGAAAAACGUCACUUCAGAUACAGGCUGAUGGGAAAGAAGGGACCAAGAACCAACCACUGGUUUAUGUAACGACCAGCACCAGCACUCACGUGGGUCUGGAAACGAAAUCCAUAGGUCCCACGAUGUCGGAGAUAACCGAAUUCGUAGGCAUGUGCAAGACAGAAAUUGGCAUACAAUAUGCCGAAGAUAACACCGAUAAAGAGGAAGUUCCAGUUGAAAGUGAGAAAUUAGAAGACGCAUCAAGUUUAACCAGUGAAUGGCAAAAUCAGGAACCAAUGUGCACAGUGAACCAAAAGGCCAGCGAUUUACCAACACAAACUGAAUUUGAUGGACCGGGUCCAAACAAAUCCGCCUCAAUCAUGACGUCAUACUGUGGCCAAGCUCAAUCUAUACAAGUACCAGCAGUAUCCGUUUUCAAAGUGAAAACCAUAUCUAACAUUGAAAAACCUUCAUUCAAGCAGGCGAGCUCACAUUUAAAGUCCAGUAUUGAAAACCCUACGUCCUUGGAAAAACUUGCGUCCACAGAAAAACUUGCGUUCAUAGAAAAACCUACGUCUACAGAAAAACCUGCGUCCAUCUCCUCGCAUAUAAGCUCGUCCACAGAAAAACCUGCGUCCAUAGGAAAACCUGCGUCCAUAGAAAAACCUGCGUCCAUAGAAAAACCUGCGUCCAUAGAAAUACCUGCAUCCAUAAAAAAACCUACGUCCAUAGAAAAACCUGCGUUUACAGAAAAACCUGCGUCCAUAAAAAAACCUGCGUCCAUCUGCUCACAUAUGAGCUCGUCCACAGAAAAACCUGCGUAUUUAGAAAAACCUGCGUCCAUCUUCUCACAUAUGAGCUCGUCCACAGAAAAACCUGCGCCCACAGAAAAACCUGCAUCCAUCUUUUCACAUAUGGGCUCGUCCACAGAAAAACCUGCGUUUAUAGAAAAACUUGCGUCCAUCAUCUCACAUAUGAGCUCGUCCACAGAAAAACCAGCGUAUAUAGAAAAACCUGCGUCCAUCAUCUCACAUAUGAGCUCGUCCACAGAAAAACCUGCGUAUAUAGAAAAACCUACGUCCAUCAUCUCACAUAUGAGCUCGUGCACAGAAAAACCUGCGUCCACAGAAAAACCUGCGUCCAUCUCGUCACAUAUGGGCUCGUUCACAGAAAAACCUGCGUCCAUAGAAAAACCUGCGUCCACAGAAAAACCUGCGUCCAUUUCCUCACAUAUGAGCUCCGAUAAUCAAACUGACACUGACACAAACCCAACAGCCAAUUUGAGCACGCGUCAGUCUGGUCAGAAGUCCGUAGAAUUCAGUCAGUCAAUCAAACCAAGUUACAAUACUUUGAACAAACCGAUUACUUCAAAGACUCAACGUGAAAACGAUAUCAAAAAGCAAAUAACCUCCCUAUCCCGAUUGAUGGGCAAGAAGAAACACAGUUCUACAAUCAGUACGCCAGUACUCGCGCAAUUCUCAACGCCAUUUUGCAGUGACAUGACUGCUGAGAAUUGGAUGAAUGAGUGUCAUUCUAUGAGAAAUGCGUACCCAAAAAUGACUAUUUCUGACGAAGAUGAGGUACAGAACGACAAAAUUGCAAUCGGACCCCCAACAAUAACUUUAUCAAAGGACAGUCUAGAGGACGUACUACCCAUAAGCAGACUGAAAAAUAAAAGCUAUACUAAAAAUAACGAGACCGAUAUCACUGUGAACCCUGUAAUGAUUGAUGAAGUUACAUCAGAUGAAAAUAUCCUUGUAACCAAAGAUGUCAAAGAGUCUAUACUUCAAGCUUGUCCAGAUAUUUGCGAAGCAGGAACGGAGUCACUGGUGCAGACACGAAAAUCUGCCUGUGUGCUGACAACUCAAUGUGUUCUACCAUCUCCUUCACCCUGUUCUGGGAGCUUGCUUCCCGUGCACGGUUCCAACAACGAGUGCGUGUUUGUGUAUGGACAGCCUCAUUGCGCGGUACACAGAAAAAGCGCCGACGCCCAAGUUCAGAUCGAGUCGACAGGCGACAGCGAUCAUUCCGUUGGUAUGCUGACAUCUCUGUGCGCGAUGCGAGCAAUGCGCAGUCAACGGAAAUCCAGCGUGCGCAUUGCAGAAGUUUUAUCACCUAAAGUUUACAAGGCUUUGUAUGAGACCACGAAGUUGGUGGUUAGCGACUCAAACAAACCCAACAAAGGAGACAGUGAUGUAUUCAGAAUCGAUGCAGUCGACCUUCGUUCAUGGUCCUUCGGAGUCGGAUUGGUCGGGAGUGUUUGUGGUUCCGGUGGUGGUAAAAUACCAUCCUUCGCGUCAUUACUGGGCAGUGGAUCGCUGUACAGAGCAUCCCCUCAAGGGGUACCAGGUGAGAGGUAUCUGGAGUACCCUGGAGGUGGAACCGGAAGGAGCCGGGAGUCGUUGGCGGUGCGUGGUGCAGCAUCGCUGAUGGUCGGCGAGCAUCCGGAGGGACGACGCAAGGGCUGCUCAUCAGUUCGUGGUCAAGCAGGCAGACGGCGCCACUUGUGUGGUGUAGUGGAGACGUCGUGA